UACACGUAACCUCGCAUUAGUAAAAAAACACUGCCGGAAUUUGCUAUCGAAACUGGGUUUAAUUGAAGACAUCAACACGAAGAUAGGUCAUUAUUCUUGGAAACUUUCUAUUAAAUUCUAAGAAAUAUGAGCUUACCAACAUUGAUUUUGUUCCUGGUCAUUUAUUCUUCAGGUGUGAGAGGAGAAUAUUGUUACUCAAUAACUCCACAACAGCUGAGAGGUAUAGAAGGAGAGAUAUCCUACAGUGGCUCCUCCAAAUCAGAUUAUUGCACAUGGCUGCUGCCCAUGAACUACAACAACGGCUACAUCUUAACGUUGCAAAUUAUUGAAAUUACGAUGGAAGAUUCAAAUUUGGAUUGUACUGGAAAUAUCAUUUUACCUGGUGGGAAAGACGGAGAGGCAACCUGUGAAAAGUCUUGUCGUUACUAUAAGCCAAGCAAUCAAAUAAAAUGCCAAAAUGAAAAUCCGAAUCUAGGCAAUUGCAAAACUUAUGAAGUAGCUGAAAUGCCUACUAAAAUAGAAAUCAUUGCCUCUAAAAAUGUUGAGAAGUCAUUUAAAAUGGUGUAUAAGUACGAACAAUGUGGAAAUACAGUAACCUCUAAUAGAAUACCACCGGAUUCUGCAUCCCGUCUACCUGACACACCUCCUCCAGAAUUUCAACCCUUCAGCAGUCUAAGGCCAAUUCACAGUCGGAAAACUACAACUACAACACCAACGACGUCUAUAUCGACUAGGACAACAUUGCGAACUAUGUCAGCAGUGAAAACAACGCCGCAGACGAUCAGAAAAUUUACAUCGAGGUUACGAAUUGAUACCGAAUUGAAAACGAUCACUUUCUCGCCUUCUUUCACUAUUGAUGAACAAACAACUACUUUGUUUGGAAACUCAAUAACUUCAGACAAGAGGAAAAUUCGGACUGGUGUUGCUGAUACUAGCGAUGCACAAUUUGAGGAAAAUUCAACCACGCAGUUCUUUCCGUUUGUCAUCGUCAUCAUUGCAUUAAGUAUCCUGAUAAUACUAGCAGGAAUCAUUUUAAUCGUUGGAUAUUUCAAGUUUGUCAGAAGCCAUCGUGUUCACGAGACAAAAUUCACGACUAACAGAGUGGCAGAAUACACGAAUACAACAUUCGCAAUCGAAUCCAGGACCAACGGUACUGCAACUUCGAAGAAGCUUCCUGAAACCGUCAAUAAUGUAUUAUACGAAUCAUAUUGAUUGUACAUAGAGUGCUACCGUGAAAAAAAUGUUUGCAUCUCGCAAAUAAACGAAAGUUAUACAGACAGUUUUGUACUUUAUCGCUGCAUCAAAGACCCGGCCAAUAUCCUGAUAUUUCUUCAAGUUUCAAACCAUUUUAAUAACAGUUCGUUUUGAUAUUACUUCUUUACUAAGCCUGUCCCAUUGUUAUUUCUAACUACUAAACUCCAGUGUUAGGAAGAAUACUCUAAACCAGCGGUUCUCAAAUUGUUUAAGCCUGUUAAAUUUGUCAAGUCUCGCGUUCCACCUCAAAAAUAACUAGCUAACAGUAAGCUACAAAUAACAGAUAAUAAGGCGAAAGCAUGUUUUAUUCAAAAAAAAGUUGAAAUAUGAGUACAUAAUGAAGACAUGUAAAUAUCCAACAUAAGGCGGGCAAGACCAAAUAUAACAAAUAUUUUUUUUUUAAAGUA